GGUUGGUUUUCUCCAUCUCGAGGGCCGGCUCAUGAUUCAGUUAAGCUCAGACCAGCUGCUAAGAAGCAUCUGUGGCGUAUAAGUAGGGAUAGUAGAAGAUAUAUAUGUUCCAUAUAUAUCGUUAUUUUCCAUUCAUGAAUUGACCAACAAAAUAUCACAUACACGCAAGUGCGACGACGUCAUUUAAUUAUUUUUUUUUUUGAAUCAAAAUUUUUUUCCCUCACUAUCGCUUGAUUAUUUUUCGUGAAAAUUUUUCUUCGACUAUUUAUUUUAUUUAUUAUUUCGUUUCACAAAUUUUCUCUCUUCCAAUUUCUCACGUCAUCUUUUCAAUUUACUUUCAAUCGUUCUUAUUGUCAAUUAUUUCUUUCGCAGACCCGUUUUUGAAUUUUUUGCACAAACUAUCUCAAAACCGCAUACAUGUUACACUUAUGUCAUAUCUUCGAUCGGAUAUAUUUUCAUUUUUAUUUAUUUAUUUAUUUAAUUAAUUAAUUAAUCAAUUAGAAUUUUUCUUCAAAUUUAAUACAAAAAAUAAAUAAAAUCGAUAAAAUAAAAAACGGUGCGGGAGUGACGGUGUAUGUAUACCUACAUUUAUAGUUAUAUCGAUUCUCGAUCGAAAAUAAAAUCAAAAAAGUAAUUAAGAUUUUAUACGAUUACCAAUCGUACAAGCGAAAAUAAACACCGAUUAAUUAAAAAAAAAAAAAAAGAACGGUACCAUCGUCAUCAUGGUGUACGGUAGCAGUAACUUCGAUAUGGAUACGAUGCCACAGACGGUGCCAUCGAUCGCUGGUUUUUCACCGUCGUUCGAUUACAGCCCAUUCGCGUUUGAUCUGUCGCUACUUCCCGAGGAUCACGAUUCCCUGAAUUCGCAGGGAGGAAGUUCGUUUCUCAAACCGCCACAGAUAAAACAGGAAGCUUGUUCUCCGAGACCGGGAUCGCCGAACACCUAUCCGAGUCCGCCCUAUCCGGGACUCUGUGGUGAAUUAUCCCCCAAUUAUUCGGGGAGCGACGGUUCUCCGGGUUACCCGACGAGCCCUUACUACGUUCCGCAGAGUCCUCAGAGCGCCAAAUUUUAUCCCACAAGUCCCGAACCCCUCAAACAACCCGUUAAACGUGAAAAGAGUUUCGAUCUUCUAGCGAUCCUUCAGGAGUCUCGUCUUUUAGCCGAAAGUCUGGGUCACAGAGAAGACUCCACGGAUUGUACGGUCCCAUGUACGCCCCCGCGAACGGAGGAGGACAUAUACAAUUCGUUGGACACGGAUUUUUUUUCAAAAAAAGAGGACCAGAAUCCAUUGCUGAAGGAAAUACUGUUCAAGGAGGAGCCCUUGUCUUCGGAAUCGAGAUCUUGUAACGAAUUUCCGAAGACGGAAUCGUACGAGAAUUCGCCAUUGAAAGAACUGUUGUUCAAGGGAACGGAUCACAGCAGCCAAAGAAACCACAUUCAGGGAGGGGACCAAGAAUUGAUCGAAGGGAAAUUUCAGCUCGGAGAACAGAAAAGUUUCAACAAUUCACUUUUAAGGGAAGAAGCGCUGUUCAAGGAACAUUCGAAGAACGAUCAUCAGCUGCUCAGAGAAGUUUUAAGGGACACGAGCUUUCAGAGAAAAUAUAAUCUGAGACCGGUCGAUUUGGGGGGCGUGGGUACCGGAUUUGUCGAAGACAUGGAGGGCAGCGAAUGCGUCGGUGACUUGGCCAGGGAACAAAUCGAACCCGUUUUAAGUCUGGCGAUUCAACAGCUACAGAAGGAUUUCGACAACACGUGCGUCGCGCUGGACAUUCAUCCAGAACCUAGGAGAUGGAGCGCAGCGGACGUUGCUGCAUGGGUUCAAUGGGCCCGUAGGCAACUUCAAUUGCCUUCGGUACCAUUGGAAAGUUUUAACAUCGAUGGUGCAACGUUAGCAUCCCUUACGGAGGAAGAUUUUUGCCACAGAGCACCGCAGUGCGGUAGCAUGCUCCACGCUCAGCUGGAGAUUUGGAAGGCAGCUGUGGAAGAGUCUCCUAGAAACACUUUAGCCGCUUGUUGGAGUCCACCGGGAACUCUACCUGUACCACCGUCUAACAACGACGCGAAUAAUUCGACUAAUAAUAAUCCAACAGGAACAAAUUCUUCGACGAAUCCAGGAAACAAUCCUACGGGAUCGAAUACCAACGCAGGAAACGGUUCAGCUUCUUGCGGUAUGGAAUAUUCCGAUGACGAAGAGGAAGAAGCCAGUCCUGUUCAGACAAGCGGAGGUAAAAUUCGUAACGGUGGUUCUCACAUACAUCUUUGGCAAUUUUUGAAAGAAUUACUUCAAAGCCCAGGUGUUCACGGUUCUUGCAUACGUUGGCUCGACAGAAGUAAAGGAGUGUUUAAAAUCGAAGAUUCCGUGAGAGUGGCCAGACUUUGGGGUAAGAGAAAAAAUCGCCCGGCUAUGAAUUACGAUAAAUUGAGUCGCAGCAUACGGCAAUAUUACAAAAAAGGUAUCAUGAAGAAAACCGAACGCAGUCAAAGAUUGGUUUACCAAUUCUGUCAUCCUUAUUGCUUGUAAAACGUUAACAAGAAAGACCGAGAAAAAUACGAUUUAGUACGUAAGUCUGCAUGAUAUCUUCAUUAAUUCCGUCCUCAUAUCGCAAUUACUUUCAUUAUUAUGUGUUCUAGCUUCUUUUUUGUAAAAAAAAAAAAUUAUUUUAAUAACAUUCGAAAAGAAAAAGAAAAAUGAUUUUGUUCGACUUCGGAUCGGACGAAUGUCUGAAAUUUUUUUUGAAUUCAUAAAUUAUUUUUUCACAUAAUAACAAUACACGAAUCAUUCGGUUUAUUCGAACGGAGCCGAACAAAAUUAAAUUAUGUACAACACGGUUGACUUCCGACUCUUUUUUUUUUCUAAUUUUCUAUUGAAAAAGAGUUUAAAACCGGAAGUCUUACUUUUGUUCUUCUCUCGAUGAUCCACUAUAAAUGUUUGAGUUUAUUAUUAAUGUUACGAAAAAUAAUAACUCAAAACAAUUAAGAAAUACAGUGGGUAUUUUAUCACGUACGCCAAUCUCGGCGAAUUAUAAAUAAUAUAUAUAUAAACUUAUACAACAUUGAUAAUCUUAUUUAACUGUCAUUUUAUUUUUAUUUAUUAAUAUUUGUUUUUCAUUUUAUAUCGAAAUAAUUUAGAUCAUUAAUAUCUUUGUCUACUAUAUAAAUUAAUUUAGUGAUCAAAUCUUUUUGAAAUUUUAUUACUAUCAUUAUUUUAUGUUUUUAAUCUUCAAGUAAGGAUCGUUCGGGAGGUACGUCCCGUCGUGUCCUUGCAAAAUCUUUCUUUCUUUUUUAAACUAUUUUCUUUAUUAAUUAUCGUUUUUAUUUUAUUUUAUUUUUUUUAGAAAAGACGUUUUCUUUUUUCUCGUUCCCAUUUUUUUCGGACAUUCUAAUUUCGAUCUUUGUUAAAAGAUCAUGAGAAUUGAGAGAAAACGGCGAGAAACGAACGAGAAAAAAAUAAGAUAAAAUAAAAAAAAAAAGAAAAGAAAAAAUACUAUUCUUAAGCUUCCUCUUAUAUUGCUUGCUGGUCUCAAUCGUUGAUUGUUUAAAAAAAAGUCAUAGGCUCAUCCUUAGCGCGCGGAACUUUAUUCGCUGCUGCUUGGAUAGCCGCGCUGUCUGGAGCAUUUUCAAAAGUCUGAUUAAAAAAAAGCAUUGGAACAAAAAAAGAUAAAUUCAAAUACAAAAUUACCGCAAAACUUGCGAGACGGACGAACAACGCCACAUUAUUUAUUGACCCUCCACGUGAACCGUAAAAGGAUAAUAAUAAGAAUGAAAAUCGUUGCGACGUAACGAAUCGAAUCGCAUCAAUGCGCGAAGCGAGUGAUCAUUGUUAUUAUUAUUAUUAUUAUUUGUUGUUGUGUUUGUUCGAUAAUUUUUUGGUUGUACAGAUCUGAUUUUUGUCAAUUUUUUCUCAAUGUCGAUUUUCUCGGUAUCAAUUUAUAUUUAAAAAUCAAAGGGUUAUAUUACAUCUUCGUCGGCAAAUGACAACCAAACGAUCUAAUGCGAAUGAGACUGGUGAUUUUGGUCCCAUAUAUCUAUGAUAUAUUCAACGUUGUAUGUUCCAUGAACGAUUAGAAUUUAAGAUUUAUUAAUUUUAAAUAAAAAGAAAAAGAAAAAACGUAAAAAAAAACGAUAAUU